AUGGCGCCACAACAGCAAGAGCCCAUUGCCAUAGUCGGCAGCGCGUGUCGUUUCCCUGGUGGAGCGAACUCACCCUCAGCGCUGUGGAAACUUCUUGAAUCUCCACGAGAUCUUUGCCAAGAGGUUCCCAAAGAUCGAUUCGAUACAGCUAGGUUCUAUCACCCAGAUGGAAGUCACCACGGCACCGCCAAUGUCCGGCAAUCGUAUUUUCUUGAUGAAGACAUUAAGCUGUUUGAUGCCGCUUUUUUCAAUAUUAGUCCUAAUGAGGCUGAUUCAAUCGACCCUCAGCAACGGCUGCUACUGGAAACUGUGUAUGAAGCCCUUGAGAGAGGUGGCCAUACACUAGACUCUCUACGUGGGUCUGACACCGCUGUGUAUACGGGUACCAUGAGUGUCGACUACGCGGACACAGGCAUCCGUGACCUUGACACGAUUCCCAAAUAUUUUGCUACGACUUGUGGAACAAACCGAGCGAUUAUUUCAAAUAGAGUGAGCUAUGUGUUUGACUGGCACGGGCCAAGUAUGACCAUCGACACUGCCUGUUCGUCGAGUCUGAUUGCUGUGCACCAAGGUGUUACAGCGCUACGCACCGGCGAAUCUCGUGUGGCCGUAGCCUGUGGAACUCAGGCGAUACUUAACCCCGAGACUUUUAUUGUUGAGAGCAAGUUGAGCAUGCUUUCGCCUACUGGCCGCUCUCGCAUGUGGGACGCUGAUGCUGACGGCUAUGCCCGUGGCGAGGGUGUGGCUGCAGUUGUCUUGAAGAAGCUAUGCGACGCUAUUGCGGACGGAGACCACAUUGAAUCUAUUAUUCGUGAGACCGGCACAAACCAAGAUGGCCGUACUGGAGGCAUCACCAUGCCAAGUACAGAGGCGCAAGCAGCGCUUAUCCGUCAAACAUAUGCGAAAGCUGGGCUUGACCCGGACAACAAUCCUCUAGACCGCCCCCAAUUCUUCGAAGCGCAUGGAACUGGUACCAAAGCAGGAGACCCUCGAGAGGCCGCUGCAAUUUACCAAUCCUUCGGUCGUCAUUGCACUAAGGCUGACACGCCCCUAUACGUGGGAUCCGUGAAAACGGUCAUCGGCCACCUGGAGGGCUCCGCGGGUCUCGCUGGUCUCCUCAAGAGCUCUGCCAGUAUUCAGAACGGAUUGAUUGCACCGAACUUGCUGUUUAACCGUCUGAAUCCAGACAUUGAGCCCUUCUAUCACGGCUUGCAGAUUGCGACACAGCCUGUUCCGUGGCCGAAGCUACCCGAAGGCGUCCCUCGACGUGCGAGUGUUAACAGCUUCGGAUUUGGUGGCAGCAAUGCACAUGCUAUUCUCGAGCAGUAUAUGGGAGCUGAUGGAGAAACUGUAGCUUUUGUCAAGAGCAAACUGUUUACUCCAUUCGUCUUCUCCUCUGCAACUGAAGCUGGUUUGGUCGGAACUCUACAAGCAUAUUCAAAUCAUCUCAAAGCACACCCUGACAUUAACCCAUCUGAUUUGGCUUGGACGUUACAAAAGCGCAGAACUCAUUUCCAGUUCAAGGCAUCGUUUUCUGCGCAAACUAUUGACGAGCUGGUCUCAAAAAUUGACGCCAAGCUGUCCUUGGUGAAAGAAAAGCCUGGUUCAACCAUUGGUAUCAAAACUAACCCUGCCAGCCAAUACACAUCCCCAUGUAUUGUUGGUGUCUUCACUGGCCAAGGGGCACAGUGGCCAGCAAUGGGAGCUCAGUUGAUCCUUUCGUCUGACUUCGCUCGCAAGCGAAUAGAAUAUCUUGAGGAAUCCCUUGCUACCUUACCAUCUGGUGAUCGUCCUAAAUGGAGAAUAAGAGAUGAGAUGCUUGCAGACGCUAACACGUCGCGCAUCGGCGAGGCUGCUCUCUCGCAACCACUGUGCACUGCAAUCCAGAUUGUUCUUGUUGACCUUCUGAAGGCUGCUGGCAUUGGCUUUUCCGCUGUUGUCGGCCAUUCUUCAGGCGAGAUCGGUGCCGCGUACGCUGCUGGUUUUCUCUCAGCCCAUGAUGCCAUCCGUGUCGCGUACUACCGAGGGUUAUACGCAUACCUAGCUGGUAGUAGCAGCGACCAGAAAGGCGCUAUGUUGGCCGUGGGUACCUCAUGGGAGGAUGCAGAAGAACUCUGCAAUUUACGAGUCUUCAAGGGUCGACUAGCCAUUGCUGCCCACAAUUCGUCUGCCAGCGUCACCCUCUCAGGAGACGCUGACGCUAUUACCCACGCUAAGAGGAUCUUCGAUGAAGAGAAAAAGUUCGCCAGACUAUUAAAAGUAGAUACCGCAUAUCACUCUCAUCACAUGCUACCUUGUGGUGAUCCUUAUGUCGAGGCUCUGAGAGUAUGUGGCGUACAAGUUAAUAAGAACAGAGACAAAAAUGCUGCCACUUGGUUUUCCAGUGUAGUACCUAGCGAAAAGCCUAUGGAUGCUAUCGCUGAGCUACAAGGCACCUAUUGGAGGGACAAUAUGACCAAUGCCGUACUUUUUGCUGACGCUGUCAAAAACGCCAUGACUGCCAAUGAUGGAAUCAACAUGGCCAUCGAAGUCGGACCUCACCCAGCACUCAAGGGGCCGGCCGCGCAGAAUAUUGUAGAUGUGCGACCAAAUCCUCUUCCUUACACGGGUGUCUUGAGCCGUGGGCAAGAUGACCUCGGUGGGCAGGCAAUUGAUUUCCAGUCUUACGAGAAGGCUAUGACAUCUACAGUUCGCCAGCCAAAACUGGUCGUCAACCUACCAUCCUACCAGUGGAAUCAUACUAGAUCUUAUUGGAACGAGUCGCGCAAGUCUCGGAAGAUGCGCUCAACGAAGGUUCCCAAUUCUAAUGGCCACGACUUACGUUGGUCUAACGUGCUAAAAGGCCAGAUUGUCUUCCCCGCUGCCGGCUAUGUUGCGAUGGCCCUGGAAGCCUCACGAAGCCUAGCGGGAGAUAAGCCUGUCGAACUCUUCGAGCUCAACGACCUGACUUUACCUAGGGCGAUAGCGUUUCAAGAUGGAGACAUCUCCGGCGUUGAAACUCUCAGCAAGUUCACCACUGCCGACUUCUCCUGCUAUGCCCUGCAAGUCGUUAAUACCGGAUCAAAGGGAGAGCUAGAACUAGUGGCUUCAGGUACCGUUAAGAUCACUUACGGCGCCCCCAAUGUGAACGCACUGGCCUGUGCGCCUGUAGAAGAUUACAACAUGUAUCCUAUCGACAUUGAUUACUUCUACUCGUCUCUUUCCACACUGGGUUACGCGGCGAAGCGGAGGCUAGGUUAUCUUGUUGGACAGAUAGACUCCUAUGCCUACCCUAAUCCCGACGACUAUGUAUACUUGGCCUCUAUCUUGGCCUACUCCGCGCCUGGGGAUGAUCACCUUUGCAUCAGGAUUAACCCAGAGGUAUGCGCUAUGCAACCUACAACUGGGUCUCCAGUGCCAGUGUCUUCAGUGCUGAACAAUGCUUCGGAAUCCUUUUCUGGAUGUAUUGACCUAUUUAGUGAGGAUGGCCAACACGGCAUGAUUCAGGUUGAGGAUCUCAAUGAUCGUGUAAUGUACACCCACACUAAAAUCGACGUCGCGGCACCUGAUGGAGUUGCCGUUCUGAAAGACCUACACCCCUCUGAGCAUGAAAUCGAGGUUGCCAAUAUUGGAGAGAGGUUGUGUUACUAUUAUGUCCGCAAAUGGGACGCUGAGCUCACGGAUAAAGAUUGGCACGAUAGUCAGCCUCACUUCUUACAUCUUCGCAACUGGGUAAAUCAUAGAGAAUGCCCGCUCGCUGGUGACACGGAUAUCAAAAUGAUUACGGCCGUUGGCGAGAAUAUCCCUGCUGCCGUUCGGGAUAAUCUACUAGAUGAUUAUUACAAGUACUGUCUUGGUGCUCAAGAAUAUAACGGCUUCUUGGCAGGUAUGAUUCUUGAGAUCGGUGCUGGUACAGGGCACAGAAUGUCCCACUAUACGUACACUGAUAUCUCCUCCGGUUUCUUUGGUAACGCCGAAGAGGCAUUUAAAGAGUACAUCGACAAGAUGACAUUCAAGACUCUAGAUUCGUACGACAUUAUCAUCGCAUCCAAUGUUCUCCAUGCUACUCCAUCGCUCAAUACCACCUUGACCAAUACAAGACAGUUACUGAAGCCCGGUGGUUACCUCUUGCUCCUAGAGAUAACCAACCCAAACCCCCUUCGAACUUGCUUCAUCUUCGGUAGUCUGCCUGGUUGGUGGUUUGGAGUAGAUGAUAAUCGCAAACUGGUUCCAAUUGUCUCCCCGAAGGUGUGGAACGCCGAGCUCCGCAAAGCAGGUUUUGCAGGAAUCGAUGCUAUCACUCCCGACAUUAAUCCAGUGGCUUGGCCAGCAUCCAUUAUAGCUUCACAAGCUGUCGACGAUCGAGCGUCGACUUCGGUUUACAUUGACAGUCUUGUGAUCCUCGGAAAUGGAAAACUUGAGACUUCUCGUAUUGCCGAAGAGCUUUCAGACCAACUUCAACGCUUCUGCGGUGAGGUUACUAUCCUUGAGACCUUCCCUACUGAAGAGCAGGCGCUUGAGUUGGCUCCCAUGAGCACCUUUAUCAAUCUAAUUGACCUCGACUCCCCGAUCUUCAAGAGCAUCACAGAAGAAAAUAUGGAGGGCCUGAAGCGACUUGCCGAUCAGGCUAAGCACAUUCUGUGGGUUACCCAAGGUGCCUUAGUUGACCAACCAUACCACAUGGCAAGUGUUGCAUUCAGUCGUGUGUUACGUGCUGAGUCGGCUCAUCUAAGUCUGAACAACCUCGAUAUUUCGGAUUUAGAUAAUGAGAAUGUACCUAAAAUGAUCGCAGAGCAUCUCCUUCAGAUCUACGCUUUGGAUGAAUGGGAGGCCAGCCCAGCGGAGCUCAUGUGGUCAACAGAACGAGAGGCAUUUAUUGACAACGGCAAACUUAAAGUUCCCAGGCUGAUCAAGAAUGAUGGUCAGAAUGCCAGGCUGAAUUCUGCUCGACGCGUCGUCAGCAAGCAGGUGCCAGUCGCCAAGACAAAUAUUUCCAUUUCCCCUCCAUCCGCCAACUCGCCUGCUUCUUUGGUAGACGUUGGGCCAGUUGUGAAACGUCAAGCCCAACAUGAUAGCCUCAUCAAGGUCUCGAGCUCCAGCUUGAUGGCACUCAACAUUGUUGAUGAUGUGUACUUAUAUAUCGGCGUUAGCGCAGAUGGCUCAACCGUCCUUCUAUCAACAACCAACACCAAAGAACGUGCUGUAAUCGCGAGCGUAAAUACUCCUGUCGCUCAAGAGGAAGGACAAACAGACGACGGUCUGCUAGUAUCUGUGGCUAGUGAAUUGCUGGCGAGAAGCUUGAUAGAAAAGGUUUCCCCAGGAAGCAGCAUAGUCGCCCUCGGUUCUGGCAAGGACCGGUACCUCGCUGCCGCUCUGUCGCGACACGCUGCCUCUAAAGAUAUUCGCAUCACCUUCGCUUACAAUGCCGAUGCUUCUAGUGAUGCACAUGAUCUAGCAUGGACUAAGCUGAGCGCACGUGCUCCUCAACAUGUCAUUCGGAAAGCCCUUCAAGAUAUAGCUCCUACGCAUUUCUUUGACCUAACCUCAUUCUUGGCUGCCGAAUCUAGCCCUUUAAGCAUCCGGAUCGCGCAUUCGUUGCCUACGCAUUGCAGAAAGGUUGAACCGUCAGACUUACUACGAAGCCAGUCAUCAUUGAGCCGAUCUUACAAGACAGAGUCAUUAAAGACUCGGCUGGCAGAAGCUGUCUUAGAUGCAGCAUCGUAUACCAAUGGAUCAGUUGAAGAUUUGGUUAUUCAGCUUGAAGAAGUCGUGAAAUCUACUACGUUUAGCACAACAACUGCCAUUCACUGGCCCUCUGAUGGAACAGUCAAGGCUCUUAUUCGACCGCUAGACAGUAGGAGCAUGUUCUCGAAGGACAGGACAUAUCUUCUUGCUGGUGUGAGCUCGCGGCUUGGACAAUCACUUUGUGAGUUCAUGGUGCAGAAUGGAGCAGGUUGUGUUGUCCUUACCAGUCGCCGCCCUGCUGUUGAUGAAAAAUGGUUGGCAUCUUUCGAGGGAACAAAUGCAACAGUGAAAGUGCUCCCAAUGGAUGUUACCAGCCAAAAAAGUGUAGAGAAGUGCGUGCAAAUCAUCAGGGAAACCUGUCCACCAGUUGCGGGUGUUGCUCACGGAGCCAUGGUCCUUCACGACUCGAUAUUUGCAAGAAUGUCGGCAAGUAAGAUGCAGGAGAUCCUGUCUCCUAAGGUUGACGGCGCCAACAAUUUAGAGGACGCUUUCCGCGAUGACGAUCUGGAUUUCUUCGUCAUGUUUUCGUCUGUAUCAAGUGUUGUGGGUAACGCAGGUCAGUCCUUCUAUGCAGCAGGAAAUGGCUACCUCAACGGGAUGGUCCGACAGAGGCGUAAGCGGGGUCUAGCAGCGUCAACGUUUGAUAUCGGCCGUGUCGUCGGUAUUGGAUACAUUGAAACAGUAGGUCAAAUUGUUCGAGAUCAGCUCAUUGGCCUCGGUAUUCAAGCCAUCAGCGAGACGGAUCUGCGCCUGGCGUUUGCAGAAACCAUCCAAGCUGGGUGCCCAAGCCCUGAUGACGACAAAGAGCUUCCUGAUGCUGUCGUAACCAUGGGUAUUAGAUCCUUCCGCGAGGAUGAGGACGUCAAGGGUCCAUGGUUUACCAACCCUCUUUUCUCACAUUGCGUGAUCGAAAAGAAAGCCGUUGGUGCAGAUACUGGAGAUCGGAAUAACAAAACUACACUCCCUGUCGCCCAGCAACUUGCAAGUGCGGCCACAAAGGAAGAAGCACUCGAGGUCCUACUAGAUUGCUUCUCUACGAAACUGCGGAUCAUCAUCCAACUAGGUGAUCAGGCAAUCGAUAAAGACGCUCCUCUCGUCGACCUCGGUAUCGAUUCGCUAGUUGCUGUCGAAGUCCGUUCGUGGUUCCUAAAGGAACUAAAAGUUGAUAUUCCGGUUCUCAAGGUUGUCGGCGGGGCCUCCCCAGCCGAACUAUGUCAGAGCGCGUUCGAUAAACUUCCAGAAGAGCUCCUUGCCAGUAUUGGCACGCAGGCCGCUGAGCCCGCAAAGCCGACACAGACAGUCAAGAAACCCGCCUCAAAGGCCAAGACACCAGCCAAGGAAACUAUUUCUGAGGCAGGUUCAGAAUCUGAGGAUACUCAGGCUACCCCAGCAAGUGAAGUCUUCACCCCCGCCGAAGGGUCGUCAGGCCCUGUGUCAUCCGCUGCCUCCGAUAUAUCUGACGCAGUCGGCGGGCCCGUUUCCGAUUCCAAGGUCAGCGCUUCCUCUACUUCUCCUUCACCCGUACCUAUGCCAACCCCAAAUCCAGCACCGAAGCGCGCCCCACAACGAAUUGUGAAGACCGUGCCCAUAUCACUAGGCCAGUCUCGUUUUUGGACGCACAACGUAGCCUACUACUAUCACGUCACCGGAAAUCUACACAUCAGUGACUUAGAGAGGGCUGUUAGGCUUGUUGCUGCCGGACAUGAAUCUCUCCGAACGAUUUUUGUUGCAGAUGAAAACGACAUCUCACAGGCUAGCCAAAAGUGCAAAAAGAUCAACUCCGUGGAUGAUGUCACCACAGAGUACGGGAAAUUGAGGGCUGAAGAGUUGGAUAUGGGCAGUGGCGAGUUACUACGCCUAGUCCUCUUGACGUUGUCGCCUUCGUCUCAUUAUUUAUUAAUUCUCCAAGUUUUUAUUUCGGAUUUAGAAAAGGCCUAUAGCGGCCAAUCACUUGGACCGACGCCCCGCCAGUACCCAGAGUUCUCGGUGGCUCAGAGGCAAGCCUAUGAAAAAGGAGAGAUGAAUAAAGAACUUAAAUAUUGGCGCAGCGUUUACCCCUACGGCGAGCAGCCCCCAGUCCUCCCGCUGCUGCCAAUGGCCCGAACUAGCUCUAGGGUUCCUAUGAAGAAGUUCGACACCCAUCAGGUCGAGUUCAGGCUUGGGGAAGAACUUGCUAUGCGAGUGAGAUCGGUAUCAAAAGCGAACCGAUCCACACCAUUCCACUUCUAUCUUGCCGCCUUCAAGACCAUGUUGUUUAGAUUUACCGAAGCAGAGGAUUUGACAAUUGGCAUUGCGGACGCUGCUCGAAACGAUGGUAACCUGAUGGGUAGCAUUGGGUUCUUCCUAAACCUACUACCAUUGCGAUUCCGCCGCCGAGAUAAUCAAAAGUUUUCCGAUGCUAUUGUCGAGGCGCGCCAAACGUCCUAUGCGGCUCUUGAAACAUCACGCUUGCCAUUCGAUGUGCUCCUAUCCGAGUUGAAUGUUACGCGGAAUUCGUCUUAUAGCCCGUUCUUCCAAGCAUUUGUUGAUUACAGACAAGGUGCUCAAGAGAAGCAGACCUUUGGCAACACCCAGUUCGAAAUGAAGGAGGUGCACACGGGGAAGACAGCGUAUGACCUUACUAUUGAUGUGACAGAUCUCCCUACAGAUUCGGUCAUCAUGUUUCGAGCGCAGAAGAGCCUCUAUGAUCUGACGGCGGCAAAACUUCUAACUGUGGUAUUCACGCACUUCCUCGAUGUCUUGACUCGUGAUCCGUCACUUUCCCUUGAAGAUAUCCCGAAAUUCAGUGACAAAGAGCUGUCGCAGGCCGUCCAAAUCGGACGUGGCCGGAAAAUGGUCUCUGACUGGCCCGAAACGCUCCCACAUCGCAUAGACCAGGUUGCGCUAGAGAAUCCAGACAAAGUUGCCGUCAUGGACGGAUUUGGCAAGGAGCUCACGUACACUGAUUUAGUUAACCGCAUCGAGGCAAUCGCAGAGGCGCUACAGAACGUCGGAGCUGGCGCAGGCUCCCGGAUACUCGUAUUCCAGCAGGCAGCGGCUGACUGGCCAUGCUCUAUGCUAGCCAUUAUGCGCGUCGGUGCAACAUACGUGCCAUUAGAUCUCCGAAACCCAAUGCCGCGCCUAGCGGCGGUAGCAAAGGACUGUGAACCACUGGCUAUCCUGGCAGAUGCUACUACAAUUACUGACGCACCGCAGCUCGGCGUGGCCAACUCCGCCCUAAUAGAUGUAUCUACGCUUGGGGAGAGCGCCUCGGGGCCUGUUGAGAACCUGGCCAAGGCUGAUACGAUUGCCGCUAUUCUUUAUACGAGUGGUUCGACCGGUACUCCGAAGGGGAUUAUGGUCACACACUCAGGACUCCGAAACGAAAUUGAAGGCUAUACGAAAAUGUGGAAGCUGGGUGCAGAACGUGUACUACAGCAAAGCGCUUUCACAUUCAACCAUUCGUCCGACCAAAUGUACACAGGUCUCGUCAACGGUGGCAUGGUCUAUGUGGUUCCAUGGAGUAAACGCGGAAACCCACUCGAGAUUACCGAGAUCCUCCAACGGUACUCCAUCACAUAUACCAAGGCAACACCAUCAGAGUACCUGCUCUGGAUGCAGUACGGUGGUGAUAAUCUUCGACAGGCAACCCAAUGGCGAUUUGCUUUUGGCGGCGGCGAAAACCUAACGACAACUGUCACUCAAGAAUUCGCCGACCUUGGGUUACAGCGGCUACGAGUCUUCAACUCGUAUGGCCCAACUGAAAUCUCUAUUUCGUCGACGAAAAUGGAGAUACCCUACCGUGACAGAGAAGCCCUCGAAGCCUGGGGUCGUAUCCCCUGCGGUUAUCCCCUGCCUAAUUACCACAAAUACAUCGUGGAUGGGAAGAUGAACCCGAUGCCAGUGGGUAUGCCCGGAGAGCUGUGCAUAGGCGGUGCUAGUGUAUCCCGAGGCUACUUUAAAAAUAAGGACCUAACUGAAAAGUGUUUCCUGACGAAUCCUUUCGCAACACCAGAUGACAUCGCCAAUGGCUGGACCGGUCUAUAUAAGACGGGUGAUGUCUGCCACCUGAAUGAGAAGGGCGAAAUGGUAUUCCACAACCGCCUGGCUGGUGACAGUCAAGUCAAGAUCCGAGGCCUCCGUAUUGAGCUAAGCGAUAUAGAAAGCAACAUCGUCGCUGCGGCUGGAGGCGCACUGAAUGAAGCUGUCGUCACGCUCCGCGAAGGUGAUCCCGAGUUCCUGGUGGCGCACGUCGUGUUUGCACCCAACCAGGAGAUUGAUACCAAAGAGGCCUUCCUGGAGCGUCUUCUAAGAGACCUACCAGUUCCCCAGUACAUGGUGCCUGUUGUAGCAAUCCCGCUCGACAAGCUGCCUCUCACAAAUCACUCGAAGGUUGAUCGCAAAGCCAUACAGAAGAUGGCUCUACCCAAGCGAAUGAAAGAUACAUCCCAAGACUCAGAGCUUACUGAGACAAUGAUGCAGCUGAAGGGGCUAUGGCAAGAAGUUCUUGGAAAGAGCAUUGAGGCGCUUGGUUUUGAAAUUAGCCCGUCAACUAACUUCUUCCUUAUCGGUGGCAACUCCCUGUUGAUCAUCCGCCUGCAGCAACGUAUUCGCAAGACUUUCCGUAUCGCUAUGCCCCUAGUUGAGCUCCUAAGCGCCAACACGCUAGCACAAAUGGCACGCAAGAUCGAGGAGAGCUCGACUACGGAGCCGAUUGACUGGGAACAGGAGACAGCGCCGCCUACAAUCCCCAGUUUCCUUCGGACUGUUCCACCCGUCGAAGCUGGUGAGCGAAAAAGCAAGACCGUUUUAGUCACUGGGGGAACAGGCUACCUUUCCAGAUAUCUCCUUCCACAACUGGUUGCUAGGUCGGACGUCGAUAUGAUCCAUUGUGUAGCGGUAAGAGAAAAGCCAGGUCGAAUGCUGCAUCCAUUCAGCAAAGUCAAGUACCAUCAAGGCGAUCUCUCCUCCCCUCUUCUCGGCCUUUCGGAAGAUGAAUUCCGUGCGCUAGCAAGUCAAGCUGAUGUAAUUAUUCACAUGGGCGGCGCUCGGUCCUUCUGGGACAACUACAAUGUGCUCCGGUCUAGUAGUGUUCUCCCCACGAAAGAGGUGGUCAAACUGGCGGCGCCCCGACACGCAUCUAUUCACUAUAUUUCCACAGUUGGCGUCCUACCUCACGACAAGCCAGCGGUUGCUGCCUCGGCAGCCAGUCAAACCCCGCCUGCCGAUGGAACCGACGGCUACGUCGCGACGCGCUGGGCCAGCGAGCGUAUCCUUGAGCGAUCUCAAGAAACCCUCGGCGUCCCAUCCUUCAUCCAUCGCUUCCUUCCCGCGUCGCAACAGAAGCCUUCGCCGAAACAGGCGCUUGAUGAAUUUGCUAGGUGCGUCGAUGCGACAGGGCUGAUGCCUGAUACAAGCGGUUGGGGUGGCCGGCUCGAUAUGAUACCCGCCGCACAAGUCGCUCAGUGGCUGAGCACCUCGAUGCUUGAGGAGCAACGGGCGGAAUGCACAAAGUUCUUUCACUAUGAGAGUGAGAUUACUACCACUAUGCCCGAACUCAUUUACCCCUUGUCGAAAUAA